CCAUUGUGCAACUUUAAUCAGCUGAGCGCCGGUGCGAUAGGGCACUUCGUGCUUGAUGGUGAAGCUAUGCCUUGGUAAGCAAGUGUUGGAGUUCAAUUGUAGAGGACGGUGUUGAUGGCAGGCACAGGUACCGUUGAUAGUCUUGGGAGCUUGACGUGCUGCGAGUAACCACCAGUCAGGUGUAAUUACUGCAGACAUUUUUUGUCUGAAGCCACCACAGCUGGCUCAAAGUCGGAGCUUGCACUAGCCAUGUCGCGCUUCUUGGUGAUCCUCCUCAGUGCCGCCUUGGUGCCCAGCUCUGCCUUCGUGGCACCUGGCGCUCCUCGGCCAGCUUUGCGCUCAGCCAGCCAGGUGGAGCAGAUGCAGCGAGUGGAGAUGAUCGAGGAACCCUCCACUUUCCCCUUCGGCGCUGUUGCGAUGGCUUCCGUGCUGGGACUCAUGGUAGGCCUCGCCAGUGGUCCUCAAGUGGCGAUGGCAGAAGACGCCCCUGCCGCCCCUGUGAUGGACAAGAAGGCCAAGCUGAAGGCAGAAGUGGAGAAGGCACAGGCUGCCUUCUCAAAGAAUGCCAAGAGCAAGGACGACCGUCUGAAGGAACAAAUGAAGCAGCUCGAGGAUUUCAGCAAGACUGCCACCACCAACAAGGCGUCCAACUGAGAGGCACUAGUUGUUUUUUU